CAUGAACUAAGUGGAAGGCAGGCCCUGGAGUGAAACUUACCCAGUCUGCAAGGUAAAAGAAAAGAAUUCUCCCAGGACCUGGACCCUUAUGAACGAUGGCUGAUCUGGCUGCCCUCCAUUCCACAAUGGCCUCUCUUCCUGCAGCAAAUGCAGAAUUUUGCUUCAACCUGUUCAGGGAGAUGGAAAACAGCCACGGAAGCGUGAACGUGUUCUUUUCCUCUCUGAGCAUCCUCACUGCUCUGGCCAUGGUCCGACUGGGCGCGCGAGGUGACUGUGCGGCUCAGAUCGAUAAGAUACUUCACUUUGACACCAUCUCAGGACAUGGAAGCUCUUCUUCUAUUCAGCCAGGACUCCAUUAUCAACUGAAAAGAGUUCUCUCUGAUAUAAACACAUCUCACCAGGGUUACCAACUCAGCAUCGCCAAUGGGCUUUUUGUGGAAAAAAUAUUUGAUAUUCAUAAGAACUAUACCGAGAGUGCUGAAAAAUUAUACAACGCCAUAGUAGAACGAGUUGACUUUACAAAUGAUAUAGUAGAUACCAGAUAUAAAAUUAAUAAGUGGAUUGAAAAGAAGACAAAUGGCAAAAUCAGGAACAUCUUUCAAGAAGGUAGCAUAAGCUCGUCGGCUGUAAUGGUGCUGGUGAACGCGGUCUACUUCAAGGGCAAGUGGGAGUCAUCUUUCCCCAAGAAUGAAACCCUGAGGUGCCGUUUCCGGUCUCCCAAGUGUCCUGGGAAAACAGUCGCCAUGAUGCAUCAAGAAAAGAGAUUCAACUUGGCUGUCAUUAAGGACCCACCCAUGAAGGUUCUUGAGCUCAGAUAUGAUGGUGGCAUACGCAUGUACAUAAUGCUACCCGAGAACGACCUCUCCCUGAUUGUAAACACACUGACCUUUCGGAAUCUAAUGGACUGGACCAACCCAAGAAAAAUGAGCUCUCAAUAUGUCAAGGUGUUUCUUCCUCAGUUCAAGAUAGAGAAAAAUUAUGAUAUCAAACACUAUUUAAAAGCUUUAGGGCUGACAGAUAUCUUCGACGAAUCCAGAGCCGAUCUCUCGGGUAUAGCUGCAGGAGGUCGCCUGUACGUGUCGAAACUGAUGCACAAGGCAUACAUAGAGGUCACGGAGGAUGGCACGGAGGCGGCCGCUGCCACGGGAAGUGACAUCAUGGAGAAGCGACUUCCGGAGUCUACGGUGUUCAGGGCUGAUCACCCAUUCCUGUUCGUCAUCAGGAAGGAUGACGUCAUCUUGUUUAGUGGCAAAAUCUCUUGCCCUUGAAAACCCAGUUGGUUUCUCACACAGUCCCAGCAACAUCAAGGAACCGUUACAGGUGAAUAGAUUCGAGUUUAAUUAGAAGCAUGUGGUAUUGCCUUUGAGUUUACAUCCUUCUAACACUGGCAGAUGAUUUUUGAUGACUUGACCCUUCUCAGACAUGGGGUCGGUUGUCUUGCUCUCUGUUCUUAGCAUGUCUACCACCACCCACCUCCCCCGUUUCUUCCUAGGGCUCUUCCUACUGCAAUUAUUUCUACCAGUUUCCCAUGUGCACACAGAUCUGGGCGUCCCCUCUGGGAACUGCGGAGGGCUCCUCUGGUAAUGACCGUGCGGAAGCAGCCCUGGGGAUCUUUCUUGGAACCCCACUUAACUAACCACAGAUACUCUAGUUUCAUUAGAAAUCAUCUAGGAAGUAAGCCCCACUGCUGGAAAUAAGUGUGAAGAAUAACUUUUUCUGCUGACCUAAGAAAACAGAGUUUACUCUAACACAUCUGAUUUUAAAUCAUGGUCUAAUCUAGAUGCUAACAAAUACAGACUGGGGAUUGGGGGCCAACCAAAAUAUCUCAUUAAUAACUUAAAGUUGAUAUCUUUUGUCUUUUCCUGAUAGAUACUUUACAUGUACAUAGUUUUUCAAAUAUUAAAUACCUUUUAACUGUU